AUGUCUUUUAAUUAUAAAACACCAAAUGGAAUAAUUUUUAUUGAAGGAAAUGUAGUUAGUUUCAAACCAGAAGAAGGGGAUAAAAGUGAAAUAAAAAUUCAAAGUAAUAUUUCUGCUUCAGUAUUAAUUGGUGAUUUUCCAAUGUAUGUAGUUGUUGGAUGUGAUGAUGGAAAUGUUAUUUCAAUUGAAUUUCCAAGUUGUUCUCAAACUGUUAUUACUCGUAAUCAAUUAGCCAAAGUAAAAAGUAUAUCAGCAUUUCCUGAUACUCAUCGUUAUUUAACUUUAACAGUUGAUGAUCAAGGAUCAGUAUUAGUUUAUGAUCAUUUAUAUAAUAAAAAAGUUAUUUAUUCUCCACCAUUACCAUCUCAAAUUAUUUCUGUUGAAUAUUUUUAUCCAUUAUGUGUUAUGUUACUUUCUUAUGCAGAUGGAAGAAGUUUUGUUUGGUCUCUUGAUACUGGUUCAUUACUUUCAACUCUUCAAUAUUCUGUUCCUCAAGACAGAAUUAAAUCAACUAUAGUUUAUCAAACAAUUUAA